AUGCUGGGCCGAUUUUCAAGCCAUGCCUUGCGACGAUCACUGGUGAGCACUGUCUCUCGGUUGAAGGAUCUCCAUAGUAUCACUCGUGUACCUCUGUGCACUCCGUUAGAAGGUGAAUUUGCUGUAAAGUCUCAGAAUGCACCGCGUUACGUGCCGUUCGAUUCAAAGCUGACGACGUUAGAAUCAAAUAUACGGGUCGCAUCCGAACCUCAUUAUGGAGAUUACUGCACAAUUGGAGUGGCGAUUGAGAGCGGUAGUCGUUACGAAGCCGGAUACCCACUGGGUACAUCACAUAUCGUGGAGAAGUUAGCCUUCGGGUCCAGUUCUGGUCAUUCGUCCAGAGAUGAAAUCUAUGCCGUACUUCAGCAGAAUGGAGGCUUAAUUGACUGUCAGAGUACUAGAGAUACAUUUAUCUAUGCGGCAAGUUGUCAUGUUUCUGGAAUGGAUGCUAUCAUUGAAAUUAUUGCAAAUGCCGUUUGGAGGCCUCAGAAUACACCUGAUGAGUUGAAAGAAGCUAAAAUGAUUGUGCAAUAUGAAAUCGAAGAUAUGCCGAAGAAGAUCGAGAGCGUUGAGCCGUUGGUGACUGAUUGGUUGCACAAGGCUGCUUUUCGUGAUAAUACGCUGGGCUUCUCGAAGUUCACAACGGAAACUGCUCUGCCUAAGAUUACAGAGAAGCACGUUAACUCAUAUAUGUUCCAGUAUCAUGCUCCAGAACGUCUUGUAGUUGCUGGAGUAGGUGUUGAUCACGCUGAUUUGGUCGCAGCUGUCGAGCGACAUUUUCGGUCGGGAUCAUCAACAUGGGAAAAGAAUCCCGACAUUCUUCUCCCAAAACUGCCACCAGUUGACCUCUCGAUUGCUCAGUAUAGUGGCGGAGAAGUUAAGGCAUAUUGUUUCAUUGUUCCAUCCUUGUUAUCCAUAUUGAAAUAUGUGGACAAAGAUCUUUCAACGUUAGCCGUUGGCACCCCAUAUCCAAAUCUGGCCCAUGUUGCACUAGGAUUCGAAGGAGUUAGCUACAGAGAUUCGGACUUUGUUGCGUUUUGCGUACUCCAUAUGCUACUGGGAGGUGGAGGUUCAUUUUCUGCAGGUGGCCCAGGAAAGGGAAUGUAUACGCGGUUGUACACCGAUGUCAUGAACAGGUGCCAUUGGAUCUACGGUGCCACUGCCUAUAAUCAUUCAUAUGCUGAUGCUGGUCUUUUCUGUGUUCAUGCCAGCAGUGAUCCUGAACAAAUUAACGACGUUCUAAUAAUUAUUUUGGAGCAGUUCUUCAAAUUGUCAAAAGGUGUUGAAAAAGAGGAAUUGGAACGAGCAAAGAUCCAGUUGAAAUCCCAAUUGAUGAUGAAUCUCGAGGUUCGACCGGUGAUGUUCGAAGAUCUUGCUCGCCAGAUAAUUGGACAUGGAUAUCGGCGAAAACCGGAGGAAUAUGUAGAGGAAAUUAGUGAGAUUUAUUUUCAUACUAGUUGA